CAGCAGCAGCAGCGGCAGCGGCAGCCUCAGCACCUCCGCCAGCUCCGCCAGCAGCUCCAGCGGCAGCACCAUGGACCUCUCCUUCAUGGCCGCGCAGCUUCCUGUUAUGGGAGGAGCCUUUAUGGACUCACCCAACGAGGACUUUAGUACAGAGUAUUCCCUGUUUAACUCAUCAGCCAACGUCCAUGCAGCUUCUUCCAUGCAGAAUCCACCAGAAGAGACAUCCCGUUCUUCAAAUGAUGCCAUAUUGUUAUGGAUUGCAAUAAUAGCAACGAUUGGAAAUAUUGUGGUUGUGGGCGUGGUGUAUGCCUUCACCUUCUAGGAUGACUGUCACUACAAACACUGGAAGAAAGGAAAUCUUCAACAGUAUUUGUCAUGUGUAUGUAUGUAUGUAUGUAUGUAUGUAUGUAUGUGUGUAUAUAUACAUGUAUAUCUAUAUAAAUACAUAUAAGUAGAGACUGUUGAUUAAGUGCUGCCACAGUCAUGGAAAUGAAAUGCAAGUUAAUCAUCUUAAGUCUUGAUGGCAGAAAGUUUGGAUGCAAAUUGUGUGGAGGUGAGAGCUUUAUUUGAGAACAGAGCCAACACCAGUUUUGUAUAGAAGUGUAAUAAAAGAGAGAUCAACUUGGCUAUAGUAAAUACAGAGAGAUAUUUAUAUAGAAAGUGCUUAUUUUCUACUGUAGAUUUUUCUAGCAGCUCUUCUGCAGUUGUUUUUGAUGGGUUUUUUUGGUGCAUUUUUUACUGUAGAAUAAUGUUAUAUGGAAUUGUUCCAGGUCAUGUUUUCUGGAAGUCUUAAUUUCCUAGAUGGACCAAGUGGUUGGCAUUGGCUCGGUUCUGAUGAAGUCCAGGUUUAUCAUGUGUGUGUCUUCAGCAUGGCUGUAGACUCCUGGGCUACAAAAUCAUGAGUCUCACAGCCAUGACAGGCAGAUGCAGGCUGUCUAUUACCUGCCUUCCAGCAUCAGUAGCUGGAGCUGGUAAUCAAUAAAGUGAUGCUGAACCUGCCUGCUGUUUGGGAGGAGGCACAGCUAUUGCUGCUCUGCACAGCCUCCGAAUUUCAGAGGAGAAAAUGAUAGAGUAGCAGCACAAGUUCCCAUUUCUGUCUAGAGGUACUGGAUUGCAGUGGUUUGUAUAUGCAUCGCUUCCAGGAAACAAAAGCCUAAUACCACACUUUUCAUCUCAUUGGACAGCAAUCCAGAUUUCUUACAGCAGCUGUGUACUUUCAUAGGUAUUAAUGUACUAAAAUAAUGAUGGGAAAAUUGUGAAGCCUAAUUAAUAGUGAAUAUGUCUAUGAGAAAGAUAAAACUAAAACAAAGGUUGGGCACUUCUGUGACUAUGUGGGGGUGAGUUCAAGAGUUAGGUAUGUCCUGGGAUAGAAACAACACGAGAAAAGUAAUAAGUGUCAGAUGGGCAAGUGUUUAUAUCUCAGUAUUAAAGAUUCUUUGGGUUCUGGUGAGGGUCUUGGAAGUGAUUUUUUUAUAGCUGGCUUUAGGUAAUUAUGCUUCGGAUUUGUUCCACUGAGAGGCAACAUUUUUACUGCAUUUUUUCCAUGGGCAGUUCAUUUUCAAGAGCUGUAUCUUUUCAAGACAAGCUGUAGCCUUCCUUGCCUGAGAGACUGUGAAAUCUUGAGAAAGGGGGGGAAAAAAUCACCGCUGUUGGAAAUCAUCCUUCAUCCCUGUAAAAUUAAGCAACAAUACAUAAAAUGUAUGCACUUUGAGAGCAGCAGACAAAUUCUUCUUCUGUGUCUGUAUGUACUGUCUAGGUUUUCUGUCUCAUGUAGCUACUACCCUGAUUCCAGAAAGCCUUGUCUCUUGUCUGCAGGCACAGAGACUAUUUUUGGCACUUGCCUGCCACUGAGCUUAAGGCUGGGCUAAGAGCUGCUGAAUGUAUAGAGAGAUUUGGAUUUUUGUCUUUUCUCUUUAAACCCAUUUUCCUGCAGGGCUGGUGGACAUUUACUUGAAUUAAAGCAGCAUGCCCCAAAUCAGUAUUUAUAACUACUCAGCAAUCACUGUGUAUAUUUUUUCCCUCUCUAUGAACUGUCCUUUAAAGCUAGGAAAGAUGCAAACAGAGCUAGCAGUGGGAAGAAAAGAAAUUAGGUUCUUUUGAGGCUGAGAAAAACAAUUACGAGCUUCUGUGUGUGUUGUUAUUUCCCUAUUUGGAGGCAGGAUUUUGUGAAUAUGGUUGAGGACAGACAAGGCCUUUACUGGGAAAAAGUUUGAGAAGCCCAGUUCUGGAAGAUCAGAGGGAAAGCAAAUUCUGACCAAUAAGAUAACUGUAGUCUUAAGAAUGAUAGAAAAAUUAUGAUUAUCAUUUCCUAAAAUAGCUAUUAAUUCCUUCAUAGCCGCAGGACAAUGAAAGGCAGGGAAGCUACAUAAAUGGUGUACCUUGUUUGUUUUUGCACCCCUCUUUAUUCUUGCUGAGCAGAAAGGAAGCUGUUGGAAAACAGCAGAGAAGUUUCCAAUGAAGAAUUGAACGGGACAAGGUCUGGUGUGUAAACAUGUAGGAUCCAUGAAAAUAUUGCUUAAUGUAAUGUACUGUCCCCAACCAUUUUCUGAUAUUCUGUUGCCUUUGUAAUUGUAUCAGUUACUCAUGGACUUUUCAUCAUUGUUCCUGCAGGCUGUCUAGUUAGGCCAGAUCCUGCAAGCAUUUUUGCAUAAAGAGCAAAAAUUUCCACCAUGACUAUAACCAGUUUGACACGGUGGUACUUGCCCAGUGGGAUUAUUCUGCUGUCUAAUGAAUUUGCCAGUGGAGUGCUUUGCUGAAAUUUCCUAGAAUAUUAAUCUUAGUGCAAUUAGCAAUUUCUUCAUCUCUCUCACUGGACUAAACUCUUCACGCAUGAAGAAAAGCAUUAGAGUGGGAACAGUAAAGGACCACUAUUCUGCUAAUGAAACCAAGUGACACUUUUGUGUUGCUUUUCCCAAAGAAAAUGCCCUACUUUCAUGUGAAACUGAUAGUAAUAGCAGGAGCAAUGGAAAACAAUGAGUUCCACCUCCUGCAUCCAGAUCAUCAUCAUACAUAUUUUCAUUGUUAGAGGCUUUGUUGUCAAGAAGGGCCAGACAAAGUUUUAAUUGAAGUAAUUGGUUUGACAGGGUGACAUGGCAAGCCGGGUGCAAGCAGCAAGUGCAGGCAUUUCCUGCCUCGUAGUCAAGCUGCACACUAACUGUACAGCUUUUAUGUCGGGAGAAGAAGUUAGUUUUAAGAUGCAGGUACAAGGAUAUUGCAUGUGAGGGUCUGUGUGGAAUAUUUUCAGGUGUAUUGAAGAUCCCUGAACUGCAGUGACCAGAGCUGGUUCAAGCUCUGGUCUACAUUGAUGGUGAUAAUAUGCACACUAUAUUUCUGGAUGUUGUGUUCUGGCUUUAUUCACUACAACCACUUCUCUCUUCUGGGAGGUUUAAAUUAAAGUAUUGGAAAAAAAUGGCUUAUUCACCAUUACGUUCAAAGAAGCUGCAGAGGGGAAUGGAGCAGUUGCUGAGUGGAUGUGUCACAGGUCGUGGUCCUGUGAAAUAUGUUGCUUCUUGAACUGUCAACACAGCUUCACUUGGAGCACUGUAGCUUUCCCUUUCCAUGGAGCCAGGCAGCUGGAUAAUUGAUGUCACUCACUGAGGAGUGAUGAGGAAGCCUAAACACAUUCCCCAGAGCUGUUUUCUGAAGCCUUUCUUUAAAAGAGGAGGGUUCUGUGCUUUGCUGAUCACUUGGUGUAUCAGCCUGAGAAAAGGAUUCCACUCGAUCAGCUUCAAUUAAAAAUGUCUAGCAGAGAGAGCAGUUAGAAAAUCCUGGCUGCAGUUCAUUCUGUGGUAGACAAAGCAAAGCACUUUCUAUAUGCCCUGCCUUGUGAGGUGUUUUACCUCCAGCUCUAUUGUGCAACCUUGUUGUACAAACACAAGAAGCCCUGCAAAAUUAUCAGUGAGCCAAGGAAGACAAACUGGGGUGCCCCAAUGAUUCUCUUUUAGCCAUGGCCUCUAGGGAUCUAUGACAACAUACCAAAUUAUCAAGCUGCCUCUAAAGAUUUUCUUUUUUUUCUUCAAAGCAGCCAGCAGUUCAACACAGCAGCUGUGCAACCACCACAUCAAAGAGACUAAAGGCUGAAUAGUUAUUCAGGUGGGUGCAAUGGCACAUUAGAAAGGAGAGCUGAGUGGGCAAACCCACACAGCUAUUCCUAUUGUAUUUUUAUCUGCAAGUAGGAGUCUGUGCUUGCCCACAGCAUUAACACCCUGUAUUUCUGUGUCAACAAAUUUGCAAAACUGAAAACCCAGUUUUGAAACCGAUGCAACAAUAGUAGCAGAGAGACUCAUCUGCUACAAAUAAUAUAUUUAGCCUUUUCAGUGGGCAAAUGAGGUCAUAGACAUCUCAGAAGUAAUGAGAUCCCUGCUCCAAAAUCCUCACUUGCAAUAGGACUUGAGGGCAGUCAGCUUCCCACCCAGCUGCUGAGCAGACUGUAAUAACUGACCCCAAAUCAAGAGUGAAUAGAAGCAUCCAGCCAUUACGGUCUUACCCUGUACACCCAUUUGAAUAUAAAAGAAAAAAUGCACCUUUGUGUACAGGACCAAAUGAAAACAGGAGCCUCUAGUGUAUGGGUUUUAAUGUAUUUUGUCUAUUAUUAAAAGCUUUCAUUUUGCUAUUCUCAAGCAAUUCCAGUUGUUAAUAACCUCUUUACAUUUCUCUGCAGGCUGCUGAGACUUAUUAAUUUCAUGUAGCACUGUCCAUUUAUCCAAAGUAAUUUGACUGGGUUACCUGUGGCUAAUCACAGAGCAGAAUCUGGAAAAUUGCUCUUUUUAAGGGUGAUCUCCAUUUGAGAUAAAUAGACUAAAGAUCAGAAUCCAAGAUCAAACUGCAUCUGUGCUUUUGGAACAUUUGGAGCUCUGAGAAUUGGAUUUCAUGUGGUUAAUGCGCAGGAAGGGCAGUGAGGUCCCUGGUGAUAAUGUCAGCCGUGAGGGUUCUGACAGGCAGAGCUGAGUGGUUCAUUAACUGCUGCUGUGUCCCUCUGAGCCCUGCUGCCUUCCUGGACACACAGCCAGAGCUGAGUGUGAGCUAAACCACCAGGUACAGCACGUCCCUCCUCACCUCACAGCCUGUAACCCUCAGGGAAACAAGCACAUUUGUUCCAUUCAAAGGAGAAGAGCCAGAGAUCAAUAUUCUGUUGGCUAUAUUGUUAGUGGUACAUUGUUCAGUCACCAUAAGGUCAAAACAGGGGUGGUUUAACAUGCAUUUAGCCCUUUACCCCUUGUCUGGCAAUAUCCUAAAGCAAUCAAGGCAUCCUGAGCCUGAAAGUCCCCUACUGCCCUUAAUCUGAUGCUAACUUUUUGCGUUUCCUCAUACAACCCAUCUUUGCCUCUUAUCUCGUUUUUUCAGCUCAAAACAGGGAAAAUGAAGUCACCACUAUGCUCUUCUCUGGACAUGUAGGGAGCUCUAUGUACUGGCCAUGUACCAUUUUAAUUUGUGGUCCUUCAGGCACAAAGGAAAAAAGUGUACAACAUGAGCAGUUCCAGGGAAAUAUUUGCCUUUGCAGAACAAAAUGCAUGACAAAUUUGUCUCAUUCUGGCCUGUCCCAGAGCAUUUACAUUGAAACAACAUGGCCAGAUCUACUUUUGCUGCUUUGGAAAUUUCAGCAACGCAGCCAGGAACUGGAAAACUCUGAUAACACAAACAUGUCACAAUCAAGGACAUGUCUCUGAAGGCAGUUUUUCCUGAGUGACAUAGGCAGACUUGAGCUGUUGGUAGCAAGGCAAGUACCCUUUUGUGUGAAAGUCUCCUUCUCUUUGGGAAUUUUUGAGAGCACUGUGCUGCCCAUUCUUUCUUUCCCAGGCUACUAUUUUCAGUUGUAGAAAAUACUCUAAAAGGUUCCUGUGUUGGUAGAAUACAUAUAAGAUUUUCCUCCCAAAGCUCUGCUUAGUUUUCAUGCAAAAGCAACAAAACACCUUAUUUCUUAAGCAUGGAAUGUUAAUGAGUCAAAUAUCAUGUGUACAGUAGCAUUGUCUCAUUUUAAUCUUAAUUUUUUUUUUGCCAGUAGGUCUCAAAGUAGAUCUUACUAUUAUCCAGACUUUAAAGAUGCUGAGAACAGAAACAAGCAAGAGAAUCACAGAAUGUCUCCAAAGUCACUGCCCAGUCCUUUAGGCUCUAUCAUUCUUCCCCAUAUUACCCUAAUAUGAACUCACAUCCAUCUCUUUCAACUCAUUGUCAACAUCACAUUGUCUCUAUGCCUUCAUUUUAUUUCUCACCUUUCCUUUGCUGUAUUCUUUUCAUUCCUUGCUAUCAGAGCAUGUGAGCAUUUGGAAGCCAGCAGUGUUCUUCAUUUCCUUUUUAGCCGGCUCCUUGACUCACCUCUGAGAGUAAGAGUGAUCAGUAAGGACAUUCCACAGUGAGGGCAGAGAACAGUGACAUAAGGCCUCUUCUUGGGAGAAAAUCUUAAUCAUUAUCUGCCUUAGCAAACCGCAAAGUGUUUCCCCUAAACAGGAGAGCAGGAUGUGGCCAUGAAGCUUGGUAACUAUGAUGUCAGUAUCCAUACAAUGCAAAGUUACCUUUCAAAAAUUCAGACUUCAUAAGUACACUGCACUAUUCUGCAGCCAGCAUUUACUGAGCUUUUCCCAACCCGAAGUCCUUUGUUUUUUAGCAGAUCAGAAUCAGUGGUAAUGCUCUUGGGGUUGGUUAUGUGGGGGCAGCAGGAGUGGGCCCUAAGGAGAAUAGAAAAGUUCCUGUGAUUUACUGUGAAUUACUGUGGGGUCAGGGCCAUUAAAGAGCAGCCUGUUUGGUACAGAAAAGCAGCCAAAAUGUGCUCAGCCAUUUCAAAUCUAGUCACACCUGCAGUUCGCAGAUGCACAUCAAGCUGCUGUAGCCAGACUGAGCAUUUUAAAAUCCCAUUGUACCCAAAAUAAAGUGCAUUCUUUUGCCAGAGCUGAAGGAGCCUUGUGUUCUGGAAGCUUCCUGAGCUGCAGCCAUUAUGGUGAUAUCGCAUUUCCUGAGGAGUUCACUCCCACUAAUGAACAAAUAAGAUUGAACUGUUCCAAGUCUAGACCUAAAACCCAUCUCUGUUGCUGCCUUCAUAAGGAUGAUCGAAGUUCCUGAGCCUGCACGCUGCUCUAUCCAGAGGGACCUUUGCCUCCACCUGGAGUCAACUGCAUUAAUAACACUUCUUCUAUACUUCUGAUAUCUGCAUCACUGCAACAGUUUGCAGGACUAGCUGUGGGUUGCUGAGGUUUUAUUUUAAAUGUAAAGAUGUCUGUAAUUUCCUAAUCAAAAGCAAGAAAGAAAGCAGAAUGCUGUAUUUUUUUAAAUGAGGAGGUAAUAAAACCAAGUCUGAAUAUUUUGAUAGAUGUACUGGAAGGUUAUAUAAUGUAGCAAAGAGUUGCACUAUUUUUUCUUAGUAUGAGUACCUAACCUGAGAAAUAUUUGUUCUUUCUCUAAGUCCUCUUCCAGGUCUGAAGUUUGGAAGUUUAGAAGGAGUGGAGUACAAAGUCUCAGUGAAAUGUGAAGCUUAUGUAAAUAAAUCUGAUAGUUAGCUUUGUGAGGUAGCCUGUUAAGUUUGUUUUUCCGUUAUCUCAAAUACUGCCUAAUUAUUUGGGGCUUUUUUCCCCAAAAAAACUUCAAUAGUGACACUUCUGAAAGCGUCUGUGCUUCACACAAAGUUACAGUCAUGUGGAAGUUAUAUCCUUCAGUUCAUGUAAGGCAGCUUUACAGGAGCCCUUUAGUAUGCACUGUUACCUUUUCCUAAUAAUCCUGGACAAUUUAAUUCUCUUGUGCUCUCUCUCUGCUACCCUGUUUUGUACACUAUCAGGUUUGCAGGGAUUCUCUGUAUGGUUUUUGUAAUACAUGGGUUGGUUUCUAGAAAAACCUUUACUGUUGUAGUCAUUGUUCUUGGAUUGUGGAGCUCUAUCUGUAAAGAUAUAACUUUGAAAAUGCCCUCUGCUUUCUCCAAGUUUACUGUAAUUAGCAAGUUUAACAAAUAGAAAUGUAUUCUUUUAAGUUUCUGUUACGUUCUUUUCCAGUUAUUGACUGCUUUCACUGUGUGUGUACUUACUACUGGUUCAUUCCUUUACUAUGGUGAAAAUGACAAGUUUUGUUAAUAUCAUAUGGAAAUUGUGGUUUUGGAUAAAGUUCUUCAAAUUG